CACUUGCAGCUAAGAUGCCUGUAAUCGCUCGGAACUGACGAUUUCUACUUUUGCAGUUUUUCGUUAGUAUUCCAUGUUUUUGAGCUUUGUGCUUCUCUUUUGGUAAAAAGUUUGUUAUUUUACGAAUUAGAAAUCAUUUUAUUAAGUAAUGCGAUUUGAAUUCUACUUAUUUUAUACUAUUAGAUUUAACUUCUCAUUGUGGAUUGCAUUCUAGUACCUUAUUCUGAAAACAUGCAGCUUAAUAACUCUUUCAGGAGAAAACAUAUGUGUUUAUAUGGUGUAUGCGAUAAACAAAUGUGUGAAAAUAGUACGAGCGUUAAAAGAAAUGGACCGAGUUCUAGAAUGCAACUUGAAGAACAAAAUAAUGUUCAUAAGAAAGCUAAAUUAGAAACAUCUCCGACUUUGCUUAAAGCUGUAACGAAGGAGGCUGAGCCUGUUUUCGCCAGUGAAAACAUGAUCGAUUUGAAGAACAAGUGCGUGAGUUUGACAAUUGAAGAUUUUGAAAUAGCCCGGCGUCUAGGGCAGGGAAAAUGUGGAAACGUCUACUUAGCCCGCGAGAAAAGGAGUCACUUUAUAGUAGCUUUGAAAGUCAUGUAUAAGUCGGAAGUCGAAAGAUUAGGUAUCGAACAUCAAGUAAUAAGGGAAUGCAAAGUCCAUUCUCAGCUAAGGCACCCUAAUAUUUUGCGCCUGUAUGGAUACUUCUCUGAUCAAAGUAGAAUAUACAUAGUUCUGGAAUAUGCUUCAGAAGGAAAUCUUUUCACGAAAUUGCAGAAAUAUAAACGCUUUGAUGAAAAUACUACAGCUACAUACAUCUGCAAAAUAGCUCGUGCUUUAAAGUACUGCCAUUCAAAGAACAUAAUCCAUCGUGAUUUGAAACCAGAAAAUCUGCUUUUGGAUAAAAACAUGGAGAUAAAGAUUUCGGAUUUCGGAAUGGCGGUCCAUGAUCUCUCAGGGAAAAGAACCAGCGUGUGUGGUACUUUCGAGUAUUUACCUCCAGAGAUGCUGAGGAACGAAGCGCACAAUGAAAAAGUAGAUGUUUGGUGCUUGGGGAUUCUGUGCUACGAAUUUCUUACCGGAAAUCCACCUUUCACUUCUGUGGAUAUAAAUAGAAGGCUUGACCUGAUCCAAAGAGCCGAGUUUACAUUCCCGGCUUUUAUAUCUGGUGGAGCCAAGAAUUUUAUUUCAAAGUUACUAGUUGGAAAUCCAGCUGAAAGAAUAAGUAUACCUGAUGUACUGAAAGACAAAUGGUUGAUGGAAAAAGCUGACAAAAAUGAAGACCAAUAUUGAUGUAGGAAAGUCGUGGAUAACUACCAAAUCCUUGCUUGGUGAAGUCAUGUGCAGAAAUGUAUUUUUAUUUAUAUGAUAUAUCAGAUAUAUCUGUAUAUCUUUAUUUCAUGUAUGUGUAUUUUAAGGAAAUAAAGUAUUCAUUAUCAUUAAAACUGAA